UUUAUUUUAUAAUUAAUUCAAUAUAUAUAUAAACAUAUUACAUUUACAGAAAGAAAGAAUGGACGAUCGUCCCAAACGGACUAUUGUUAAACCGCGACGAUUCCAGACAACAUCUUCGGACGAAGCGGAUUUGGGAAGAAAUAAGGCGAUGGAAUUGCAGGACAAACAACUAGAAGAUGAUGUCGCUGAGUUACGGGGAGUAUUAGAAGAUCAUUCUCCCAAUUUAAACACACUACAUGCUCAUCAAUCAUUCACUCACACACAACCUACAACCAAUCAUGACCAUCAUAUAAGACAUGCUAGUGACACAACACACUCAUUAACUAAUGUACAUUCAUCAAUACACACUACACAAGCAUUCAAUAUCACAUCACACUCAUCAACUUACACACAACCAUUAACAGUCACUCACACAACACAAGCACCUUUUAUGCAUCAAAAAGCAUCAUCCUACACAGGGCAAAAUUUUCAUUCCAUUCAUACAACGCAAUCAUUUACACACGAACCACAUGCUACUUAUACACAACACAUAGGUGGUAACCGAUUAAAUACACCUGAAACUCAGUUGCCGGCUUCAAACAUCUGGCCAACUCCAAGUUAUUUGCCUUCAUCAACUCAAGGAGAAUUUUAUAAUGUGAGACCAGAAAUUCAAGCUAUACAUGGAAAACUGGAUCAAUUAGCUUUGGAAGUUCAAAAAAUACACAAAACAUUGAAUACACUAUUAACAAAGAUGAAUAAUAGCCAAAGACAUGUGCCCGAAAAGCCAGCAUUUUUGCCAAUUUCAUCUGUUGCAGAUAUAGAAAAUUUUGAAACUGCCAAUGAUGAAGAGUAUAUGAAAUUAGUAAGUAAAACAAAGUUUUAUCGUGUGUAUACAUAUAUAUAUAUUAUAUAUAUAAGGUGUUACGGCUAAGAUGUCUACGUGCUCGUAUACAGGUAGAGCAGGUUAAAUUGAAAAGGAAAGUUAUAAACCAUUUUAUAAAAUUUGCAAUAAUUUUUGAGUAAUAAAUAAAAACCUCUGGACAAAUGUACGCACGAGAAGUAGUAGGGCGGACUCGUGCAUGUUAAAUGCACGGUAACAACGGUGAGCGUCCGAUAGCAGGAGGUGUAGUGACAUACCGAAAAAAAAUUUACACAGUGAACGGCGAGCUUCAGAUUAUGCUGACAGCUCGUCUCUCACCGUUACCAGACUAAACAAAUAAGCCAUUUAAUAUCUGCUGAGUUCAACCUACCGCAUUCCUUAUGCUCAUUCGCUCAGAUAUUUUAAUUAAUUUAAUUAAUUACUCGAUAAUUAUUGAAAAUUUUACAAAAUGGUACAUAACUUAUGUUUUUCAGUUUAACUCCCUCUAUCGGUAUAUGAGCGGAUAGACACCUCAUCCGCAAUACCUUGUAUUUAUGUAUACGUGGUAGGGUCAAAAAGUUCCCGGAAUUGGUUAAUAAAAAUUUAUUGAAAGUAUGUAUAACAUUUUUACCUUAUUUUCCUUCAAAUUACUCCCCUCCUGCAUCUACACACUUAUUCCACAGUUCAUACAAUUGUUGGAAACACUCCUGAAAGCCGUUUUUCGAAAGUUCUUUCAACCGCUUCGUCGCAUUUUCAAUCACUUCUGACGAAUCUGCAAAACGUUGUCCCUUCAAUGCCAUUUUCAGCCGUGGAAACAGGUAAAAAUCCGGUGGUGCAAGAUUAGGAGAAUAUGGAGGGUGUUCCAGAGUGGUAACUAAAAAUAAUUGUUCUUGGCAAGGUAUUGCUUCACCA